AUGCCGGAGCCAGGUGAGCAACUCCAGCCUAACACACAAGCCAUAGCAGAGAAACCUUCGACAGCAGAUAUGGAAGGCUCAGCCAAAACACAACAAGAAUACGAGGAAGCAGGACAGGGGCACGUGUUCGCAUUCUUUGAUCAACUCCAGACCGAGGAAAAGGAAGAAUUGGUCAACCAACUAAAAUCCAUCGAUCCUCAAAGAGUCAACCAAAUCUUCAAGCAAUCAACCUCGAAAAGCGGCUCAGGAGCCGAGCCCAUAGACAAAACCGACCUCGAGCCGCCUCCGAAGGAUAGCCUGGAAUCGAUCAUCGAUCUUAGCAAACCAGAGAUCAAGCGGAACGUCUCCGAAUGGGAAUCACUCGGGUUCAAAUCUAUGAAGGAGCAGAAGGUCGGCAUCUUGUUAUUGGCGGGAGGCCAAGGUACUAGGCUAGGUAGUAACGAUCCGAAGGGAUGUUAUAAUAUCGGACUACCCAGUCAGAAAUCAUUGUUCCAAAUCCAAGCCGAAAAAAUCAUCAGAUUGCAAGAUUUGGUGGGCGGGUCGUCUAUAAUCCCAUGGUACAUCAUGACAAGUGGCCCCACCCGCAAACCUACAGAGGAUUACUUUAGUAAGAUGAAUUAUUUCGGGCUAAAGAAAGAGAAUGUUAUGUUCUUCGAACAGGGCGUUCUGCCCGCUCUAACUCCCGAGGGCAAGAUGUUUUUAGAAACGCCUUCAAAAGUGUGCGUUGCACCAGAUGGGAACGGAGGGCUGUACGCCGCAUUAAGAUCAUCGUCAAGUUGCUCGGCGGGUCGAUCAGUGCUACACGAUCUCAAGCACCGCGGAAUCGAAUACAUCCAUGCCUAUUGUGUAGAUAACUGCCUGGUCAAAGUAGCCGAUCCGAUCUUCCUCGGGUACUGUAUUAGUAAAAAGACCCCAUGUGGCGUCAAGGUCGUCCUCAAAUCUCAACCAAACGAAAGCGUAGGUGUCCUAGCACUCAAGAAUAAACUAUGGUCGGUCGUAGAGUAUUCAGAGAUGCCCGAAUCGGUCGCCUCGAGUCGAGCAGAGAAUGGAGAAUUGAAAUUCAAGUCGGCGAAUAUCGCAAAUCAUUUCUACUCCUUGAAGUUCCUCGAAUCGAUCGAGUCCUUCGAAUCCAAAUUAGCUUACCAUGUCGCGCACAAGAAGAUCCCACACAUCGAUUUGAAAUCUAAGCAGCUAAUCAAGCCGAGCCAACCCAACGGGAUCAAGCUAGAACUUUUUAUCUUUGACGUCUUUCCGUUUGUGGACUCUUUAUCACUCUUGGAAGUCGACCGGAGCGAGGAAUUUUCUCCACUGAAGAAUGCCCCGAACACCGGUACCGAUGAUCCUCAAACGAGCAGGCGUGAUUUACUUGCCCAACAAAAACGAUGGCUCGAAGCUGCUGGCUGCCAAUUCUCCGCCCCUGACCUCGAGGUCGAGCUGAGUGCUCUCGUAACUUACGCGGGCGAGGGUCUCGAAUCCGUUAAGGGGAAGACAAUCAGUCAAUCCGUCUACAUCAAAUCGAAGGACGACUUGGAGAAACUUUAA